GGGCGGGUCUGUGGUGGAGGCUGGAGCGAGGCGGCGGGAUGCAGCGCCCCGGGCCCUUCAGCACCCUCUACGGGCGGGUCCUGGCCCCGCUGCCCGGGCGGGCUGGGGGCGCGGCCUCUGGCGGAGGCGGGAACAGCUGGGGCGUCCUGGGUUCGCACGUGCAGCCUCCAGGACGCGCGCAGUUCGGCGCUGGCAGCACUAGUACCAGCAGUGGGGACGCUAACAGCGUCUGCCCGGCCCCCUCCACGAUGUCCAAGGCCGAGGAGGCCAAGAAGCUGGCGGGCCGCGCGGCCGUGGAGAACCACGUGAGGAUGGAGAGGUCGUCAUUUCUCUUCACCGCCCUGGGAAGUAGGUGGGGAGCUGACUUGAAAGGUGUUUUGAAAUUUUACCCGAAGGAGGAGCUUGACUCGAAUAACCAAGUGCUGGGAAUUGGAAGUGGUUCUACAAUUGUCCAUGCUGUGCAGCGAAUAGCUGAAAGAGUGAAACAGGAGAAUCUGAACCUCAUCUGUAUCCCCACUUCCUUCCAGGCCCGUCAGCUCAUCCUGCAGCAUGGCUUAACUCUCAGUGACCUGGACCGACACCCAGAGAUUGACCUCGCCAUCGAUGGUGCUGAUGAAGUAGAUGCUGAUCUCAAUCUCAUCAAGGGCGGUGGAGGCUGCCUGACCCAGGAGAAAAUUGUAGCUGGCAAUGCCAGUCGCUUCAUCGUGAUCGCCGAUUUCAGGAAGGAUUCAAAGAACCUUGGGGACCAGUGGCACAAGGGAAUCCCCAUCGAGGUCAUUCCCAUGGCCUACGUCCCAGUGAGCCGCACCGUCACCCAGAAGUUCGGGGGCGUAAUUGAACUUCGAAUGGCCGUCAACAAGGCAGUAAGUGGCCAAGGAGUUUUCUGGAAGGCAUUCCAGGUUCUCAAGGGACCUGUGGUGACAGAUAAUGGAAAUUUUAUCCUGGACUGGAAGUUCGACCGGGUCCACAAAUGGAGUGAAGUGAACACAGCUAUCACCAUGAUCCCAGGCGUGGUGGACACGGGCCUGUUUAUCAACAUGGCUGAGAGAGUCUACUUCGGGAUGCAGGAUGGCUCAGUGAACAUGAGGGAGAAGCCUUUCUGAACCGAAGCUGCAGGAGCAGAGUGUGCCCACCCCACGUCCCCAGCCCACCGCCGAGGCACACCUGCCUCCCCAGGAGCCUUUGCCUUAACGUCUCUGUGCCAGGUGGACAGCUUGGCAGGGUGGGGGGUUGGAGGUUAAAUCUGGUCUUCUGAAGUAUUAUUAUUAAUUAUCUUUUUAAAGAGAGAAAUAUAAACAUAUAUAUUUUUACUAUUAAAAAUACUCAGUUUUUUUUUAUAAAGUAGAACUUGAUUUCGUGUUUUAUAUGAGACAUUUACCAAAAAAAAGAAAGAAAAGAAAAGAAAAAAGUGAAGGAGGACGACUAUCUUUUAAAAAACCUUUUAACUUGAGCCUGCUGGUUAAGCUUCUGAAUAUCGGGACUGCUGAGAGAUGUAAAUCAGAUUUUUCUUUAAGCUGGUGCAGUGCAGGCCCAGCCAGCAGUGAUCCCCUGAGGCCUUACUGGAAACCUUGGAGUUUGUUUACUUUUCUACCACACUGUUUUGUUUUUAGUUUUUUUGUGAUUACGCACAAUAUGUGGUUAAUGUGUUUGAAGAUGUGAAUUACGGAAGUCUGGUGAGAGUCGGGGUGGGUGUGUGGUGACUCAGAAUGUGUAAACCAUCGGGUAGAUGGGGGGGUUCUUUGGCUGAGAUCAGGGGGUUCAUUCAGACCCCUGUUGGUGGAAGCCCUUGGCCAGAAAUACUUGCCAGUACUGCCAAAGCACUGCUGUGAAACACCUUUAAAUGAUUGUCUUUUGGUUGUUAAUAUUUUGUUGUUGUUGUUCCUUUAUUCUUACUUGCAUGAUUUGGCAUCAGAAUUUGUUACCUCUGUAUUGUUUGAGGGUUGAAAUAAAACAGUAUGGUGCCAUUUUGA